AUGCCAAGUAAAUAUUUGCUCCACACUCAUCAUAUCUUUUCUAUUUUGGUUCGAAAUCUAGCCGUGUCUAGUGAGAAAAAUUUUGCAAUCAAUGAAUACGUUCCAGUGACUCCAGAUACCAUUAUAAGACCCAAGGAAAAACACAACGAAGUGUUACGGAAGGGACUAUGGAACACUUGA